AUACAAAAGAAGAAAAAAGGAACCACAAAACACACGCCUGUUAAAAUAAAACUAAGCUAUGGCCAACGACAAGAAUCCUUUUGGUCAGCUCAAAGACCUGGUGGAGCUUAAGGACCAGCUGGAGGACAUACAGAAACGUGUGGAAGAUGAGAUACAGGCUGGGGUUCCUCCAGGUGGCAGCUUGCUGGCUUCUCCUUUCUUGAAGGGCUUUUUGGCGGGUUACGUUGUUGCCAGGCUCCGCUCUUCAGCAUUGCUGGGUGUAGCGGUUGGGACAUGUACAGGGAUGUAUGCGGCACAAAAUUACGCUGUUCCUAAUAUUGAAAACACCAUCAGGGAUUACAUCCGCAGCAUGAAAGGAGGACAAAAAUGAGAAAGAACUGGAAAAAUUAAGAAGAGAUUAUGUAAAAGAUUGUGUCAGUACAGCUGCAUACAGGGAACAGAUUUCAAGUUAUAACCUUUUUAAAGAAGUUAACAUUUCAACCUUCCAAAUUGAGCAAUAAAUAAUAAAAGUUCUUAAGUUGAUAACAUAUAUAGAUAAAUAUAAAUUCUGCAUGUUUGAUCAGUAAUUGAGAUGUAACCAAAAAACAUGUUAUUAUUAUACUGGAUAAAAACUUCCAAAAUGUGUUUUAAAGUAAUUCAUCCAUUCUGAGCACACUGGCUGUAGCUCCUUCACUUUCAGUGUUUUUGUGUGUUUUGAUACAGAAAC